AUGGUAUCGUCAGAGCAGUCACAAAACCGCCCGCUGCUGCUGGCAGCGGCGCUCUUCCUCCUCUCCAUGCGCAUCGUGCACUGCCUCAGGCUGCAUCCCGACGCGAUGGCUCUCCUCGACUUCAAGAGCGUCAUGGGCGCAUUUCCUCACAUCAAGCUACAGGGCUCAUUGGACGCCGCCACGAGCCUGGGGGACCUCAGCGAGCUCGUGGCUAUCGACCUGUCGUGCAACGACUUCACCGGCACUUUUCCCUGGGAGAUCGGGAAGCUUUCGAAGCUCAAUCUGCUGCGCCUGCGGAACAACAAACGCUUGGAGGGGCCCAUUCCCGAGAAGAUCCUCACCAUGCCGAAGCUCGAGACGCUCGACCUUUCCAGCACGAAUCUCACCGGGAGCCUGCCCACAAAGGAGGGGUCGUUCGCGUCGCCGCUCAAGAACCUCGACCUGUCGUACAAUCACUUGACGCUCGACAUUCCCGAGGAGAUGAGCGCGCUUUCGGGCCUCCGGUACCUCAACCUACGCGCGAAUCGCUUCGAAGGUUCCACAGCGCCCAUCGCGCUUUUGUACAUGAGCAGCCUCACCUUCCUCGACAUUUCCAAUAAUAUUUUCACUUUCGAACUGCCGUCUUCGCUCGGGUUCAACUUGUCCAGCCUCGUACACCUGGCGGCCGGCAACAACCAGCUGGCCGGCAGCAUUCCGGACUCUUUCACGCUGCUCACGGCACUCACAUUCCUGGAACUCGGCUAUAACGCCCUCUCCAGCUCCCUCCCGUCCUCGCUACUGAGUCUCCCGCGUCUCUUCGAAGCGCAUCUGGGGCACAACUCCCUGGCAGGUAGCUUCCCCGCGGGCACGCCCACCACCAAGCUGAGCUCGCUGGACCUCUCCUGGAACGAGUUGCGCGGCGCGCUGCCGACGUUCAUAGCCAGCAGCACGAAACUAUCGUACCUCGAUCUGAGCCACAACCACUUCACUGGGGCCAUCCGUCCCGAGUGGAGCUCGCUGGUCAGUCUCCAUCACAUCAACCUGGGCUUUAACGACCUGACCGGGUUGAUCCCCACCGCGUUCCAGUCUCUCACGAACCUCUAUGCGUUCUACGCGCCGCACAACCGCCUGUCCGGACCCGCUGUUGGCGCGUUCGCAGCGCGCGGCGACCGCGGCGACACGCUCUUCUUCCUGGACCUGAGCUACAACCGCCUGACCACCGACAACCUGCAGCGCUUCGCCACGCUCUUCAACUUCAUGGACGUCAACCUGUCGCACAACGACCUGCGCGGCUCCGUUCCGCCGCGCAUGUUCCAGGAUGUGUCCCCGUACAUGCUGGACCUGAGCUACAACAAGCUGCAAGGAGGCUUGGAUGGAUUCAUGGCGCUCACCAACCUCCUCACCUUGAACCUCGCCAAGAACCGUCUGUCUGGGACGAUUCCAGCAAAGAUAAGCGAUCUCGCGCAGCUGCAGCGGCUGGUGCUGAAGCGUAACGCGCUGUCCGGGAGCGUGCCCGAGGCGGUGACGGCGAGCAACGGACUGGUGAAGCUGGACCUGAGCAACAACAGGCUGUCGGUUAUCUCGAGUGCCUUGUGCCCAUCCAGAAUCUACUACCCUCGUUGUCAUUCACUCGAGCAUUCAAAACCCCUUUUCCCUCCCCAUCCACCCGCCCACUCCCCCCUCUCUUCCUCCAGGCAAGCUGCCAAAUAUCAACAACUGUCCCAAGAGCUGAUCCUGGCGAACAACAUAUUCACCGACGAUCUUCCCACCCUCGACUCGUGCGCGGGCGUGGCGGAGCGCAUGGACCUGUCGUACAACCAGCUGUCGGGCGCCAUCCCCACCAUCCUCUCGCAGUUCUCCUUCCUCACCCACCUCUCGCUCUCUCACAACGCCCUGAACGACACCAUUCCCGAGGGAAUCGCGGAUUUGCGCAGCCUACGCGUGCUGGACCUCUCGUGGAACCAGUUGCAAGGGUCUGUUCCCGCCGGGCUUGGGCUGUCCGAGGCGCUACAAGAGGUGUACCUUGCUGGGAACCAGCUGGAUGGGAUCAUUCCUGAGACCAUGGCAACUUACCCUGACUCGUCUUUCUUGCCCGGGAAUGAAUUGCUGUGUGGCGAACCUGUGAAGCAGUGCUUAGAAGAUGACGUAGUAUUUAAGUGA